AAAAGCGCCCUCUUCUCCUUCUUCGUCCCCCCGCGGUGGUCCGGGCGCCUGAGGCGCACCUUUGCCAAUCCCCAAUUCCGUCUCAUCUCAUCCCCAAUCUCACUCACUCCCCAUCCAUCGCGACGGCUUCACGGCGUUUCUUACAUCUUGGCGCAUCUCACUCACGCUUAUGGCACAGAGUUCCACAGCUGUUUAAGCUAGCUGGACGACUGUGCGGUCUCGUGGAGAUCUGCAUUACGAAUCACAUACACGCCGGUCGACGAUGCCCUCAUAACAGCCUUUGAUGGCCAGUCACCCAUCUCCCGGUCAGCAUGGCGGUGCUGGGCCCAACUACAAACGCGCCAGCCGCAAAGGAGCGCCUCGUCGCUUUGUUUGCAACCAUCCCGGGUGUGAGAAAUUGUAUUCGAGGGCCGAGCACCUACAGAGACACCAACUGAACCACGAUCCGAAGGAGAUCUUCGUUUGCGACGUGCCGGGCUGCGAUCAGAAGUUCGUUCGCGCCGACUUGCUUUCGAGACACCAAAAACGGCACUCGUCCACGUAUAUCCCAAGGAAUCGCGCUCCCAGUUUCAGCACUUCUGUCGCAUCCGCCGCCGCCGUCUCGUCGCCGACAUCAGCUGGUCUCCCGCGGUCCACUUACCCUCAGCCCUCCUCGUCAGGCGGGCCUCAUGACGCCGCGAUUCUUCUCACGCCCGGCUCCGACGCGACGCCGACGCCGACCACAGCCGCAACGAACCCGUCCCUGACCCAGCAAGCCGCAAGGCUAGGCCAGCCUUCAACGUGGCCAUCCAUCGACGACAUGGCUGCGGACAUGAUGCGUCCGAAGCCGAACUUCUACGUCCGCGAACAAGUCUCCCUGCCCGAAGCACCGCCUUUGAUGCCGUCUUACACCUCGGUCAGCUUCCAGCCGGACGAGGCCUUGUCGAGGGAGAACUUUGCCAUGUGGUUGUUUGAUCCCCAAGCGAGUUUCAGCGAGUUCAACGGGGUCGCCAAUAUCCCUUUUCUGGAAGGCGGUCUCGAAUCAACCUUUAACAACAACAUCCACUAUGAUUACGAGUCUCUUACCAGCCGCUCACAGCUAGACCCUACCCCUCCACGUCAGGUCGAAGUCAGCGACGAACUCAUCAGCGAGCACAGGCGGCAGGAGGUCCUCCGUUGGCUCCAGGUUUUCCGGCAGAAACAGCCCAAGUAUGAGCCGCGCAUCGUGAGCCUGGUGCAAGAGAGCGGCGGAGACCUGCCUGCCCUGAACCUCGACAUGAUGAGGGACUGCUUGCAGGAAUACUGGAAGAACAUCUCCCCGAGACUACCGAUAGUCCACCAGCCGACCUUUUCGUCCAAUCGCUGUCCCAUCUUGCUCCUCAUGGUGAUGAUUGCUCUUGGGGCCGCAUCCUUGAGUAGCAGAGACUCGACGGGUAACCUGGAACAGUACGGAGGGUUCGCCGAUGUCGUCAUCUCCAGCAUCCGCUGGGAGAUCCUCACCGCCGACGAGGCAUCACCGCCGGUGGGCCUGUACGUCGCCCAGUCGCUGUUACUGCUUGAGUUUUACGAGAAGAUGUUCUCCUCAAGGCGCAUGCACGAACGAGCGCACAUCUAUCAUUCCGCCACUCUGACCCUCCUGAGAAGAGGGAGCCCCCUGAUCGGAAGAGCAGGAAGCGAAUCGCCGCCGGAAGAGGCAGCGCCGACAGUGAACGAUGGCUCCUCAUCGGACUCGAGGACAUGGUGGAUUCGAUGGGCCGAAAGCGAAUCGAUGCACCGUGUCGUUUUUGCUGCCUUCAUGAUGGACAUCAUCCACGCGCUCACGUUCGGGCAUUCUGCCGACAUGGCGCCACACGAGAUCCGGCUUCCGCUACCAUGCGACGACGGGCUCUGGACCGCCGCGACGCCCGAUGUGUUCCGCCAGCUCGACAGCAACUACCGGAUGUACGGCAUCAAACAAGUCUCGUUCCUUGACGGACUCAAGAGCGCCUUGCACGGCCAGGAAGUCAAGACGCACACGUUUGGGCGCAUGAUCAUCAUGUCCGGACUGCUCAGCGUUGGCUGGCACCUGUCCCAUCGGGAAUCUCACACCAAAUGGCUUGACCUGCGGACUCCCAGCGCUGAGUCACGAGACGGGUGGAAGAAGAUUCUUCUAAGAGCUUUUGAUGAAUGGAAAGAAAGCUUCGACAAUGCGGUUGGUGCGAACGACACACCCGAGGUCCCCGGCCAGCCGUCCACCUCCAACGGCCCGAUCCACUCGGCCGCCGUGCUUUAUCAUCUCGCACACAUAAGUCUCCGCGUGGACAUCGUCGACUGUCAGGUAUACGCCGGGGCAAAAUACCUUGUCGGGCGGAAGGUCUCCACCCGUGAUUAUGCCAACGCAGUCGCGCGAAUGAGAACCUGGUCGAACGCUCCUUCGACCCGCCACGCCGUCCUCCACGCCUUCAAGCUCCUCUACCACGUGCUGGUGGACCAGCGAGGACCCAAACGGCGGACGAGCAGCUUCGACUCCCUGCCCGAACCCGUCUCGGUCUUCUACUCCUGCCGCACCGAACCGGACCCUCACCGGCCGUGGGUCAUGUUCUACGCCGCCCUGACGAUCUGGUCCUUUGUUCAGGCGCUUGGUAUGCCAAGCAAGAACGCGCCACCGGGGAGGUACAGCGAGAUCGCGCGUUACCUGGCGCAUUUCGCGGCCUUGGAUGAGCUCACGGACGAGGCGGCCCGGGAUCUCAACGACAGACUGCCGGAGUUGCUGGACCUGCUGGGGACGAGCCUGCAGCAGUCCCAUUCCGAGAUCAUGAGGGAAGCGAGCGAGAGGCUGAAGCGUUGCCGUGACACGAUGAGGUCAUGAGAGACCCCCGCUUCUGAGCGCACAAAAGCAUAGAGGGUUUCUCGUACCCAAAGAACAAUGCUGUCAUGUUGAGCGGUUUGCUACUCGUCUGAGGCUUACGCCGACGACUUGCUAGACGAUCUUAUGAACCCCGAAGGCACCUGAGAACCAUAAUCUCGUUUAUGCUUCGUGUUCCAAGUAUGGACAGGCCACAUCGUAUCUGACGUGGAGCUAAGCAUAUCGGAAGAUUGGUGUGGUAUUUACAAACAUCCUACGGACAACUAUGUGUCAUUCGUCCAGUAACGUGCCAAGAGGUCUCAGCAAUCUCUCAGGUACACAUCGGCACGACCAAGAACGUCAUCGGGAAGCAGUCCGGCGACGUGUCGGACAUAUCGGACCCGAUCACUGAGCCGGUGUCGAAGUAUUCGUCGUAUAGGGGGCAGUACUGGAACGUGUCGACUUGGAAGAAGGCGCCGCUACAGUUGAGCUCCUUGUAACCCCCAGCGAACUGCCCGGACGGCGGGAUCAUGUUGCAGUAGAUGUAGUACCACUUGCGCAGGUCGACGAAGGGCUCGGGCAGGAACUCUACGAGCUGGAAGUCGCCAUAUGGGUCCGUCGACAAGUAGUGCACACCGUACGACGUCUCCGACAUGAGGCGGCCCUGGCUGUCGAGGCUGAAGAUGCCGGCUUCGGCCUUGGGCGCGACGUACCGCGGCCAGAAGAGCGCGCCCGCCUCACUGAAAAACUCAAAGUUCGGCACGAUGCGCAUGUACUUCUGGUAGUACGGGAGCGGUGUCGGGAGCGGUGUCGGGAGGUUGGACGGGUACGACGUCAUGGUGGCCGACAGGUAGAACGAGGGGUUCGACACCGAAGGCGUGCAUGUCGCCGUCCUUGUGUUCGUCGCGAAGAUCUCGGCCUACAUCGCCGGUUAGUUCCGUUUUGUGCACACAAAGCCACGCAUGCGGUCUAUCUAUCCGCACGUUUGUUUGAUAGGAUGGAUACGUACCACUUCGGUGUCAGUAUAAGAUAUGACUUCUGUGUGGUAGAUCGGCGCAUACUCUGUCUCUGUAUAUGGUUCGUAUACCGUCGAAUACUGGAUGAUGCGGUCAGCCUUCGUUAUCAAUUUCCCCCCACCACACGCCGCAGCAUCUAUUCCUUACAGUAUAGACAAACUCCUUCUCCACCGUUUUGACGGUCUUCCGUUCGUCUUUCGUGACGACGGGGGGGCAGGUGUGAAGACACGCGCACGCCUUCUCCUGGACCGCCUCGUCGCACGACGCCCUGACUCUGAGAGGGAACAUUUUGUUCUUCGGGUUGGGGUCAUGGUGCUUUUUGGGUUCCCUCUUGUUGAGUGCCAGUGUGGUUACUUCGAAUUUCCUACGGGGCUCGUCAGCGAGGGAUGGCUCGAUGGAAGGCCAGGACUGCGUACUCUACGGUCCACGUCGGCCUCUCGGUUGACGUCGCAAUGGCCGUGUAAGUGGUUUCCUGUUAUCCCAGCUCGUCAGUACCCUUGGCCCAGGUGCAUUUCGAGCCAGCUACUCACGGUGUAGUCGAACGUCCACGUAGUCGUCGAAACUAUGGUCUAAGCCGCAGCGUUUUCUCCCGUCAGUCAUAUAUGUCACUCUGUGCGAACGUGUGACAGGAACUCGUCCAAUGUUUUUGCCAGCAACUUACCGCCUCGGUCCAUGGAACGGCGCCGCCGUUCUUCGUCUUGGUCCUCGUCGUUGUAACCGUGCCUUUGAGCGUCGUCGUGCUAUCGGGCGGGCACUGCAGGACGGAGGAGCAGUACUUGGACACAAUGGUCGUCUUGACGUGCUUGUUGACGGCCGAGACGCACUUGGCGACGGCCUUGUCCUUGGUGCAGAACUUCAGCUUCGGUUUGGACGCCGCUGUCGCGAAGCCCAGCAGCUGCAGCAGGAGCAGCAGGCCCAGGGCCGUCGUGAAUAAUGCUGGGCGCGUCAUAGUGUUUUGGAGGAAAGCUAGCCACGCCGGUGAAGGUGGAGCUUUUUUUGUUUUUGUUUUGCUGAGACGAGGUUCGAAGGUACUACGAUUACGGGACGCAGACCUUGAAAACGACGUUGACGCCCCGACUGCGACGUCUCGGCCGUCCCAUUUAAACCGGAGCUCUCCCAUCGCGAACAGAGAGUGCUGGUGGUGUUGCUUUUGUCUCCAGCCGCAGCGAAACCCUUCGGAUUUUGCCUGUUUGGGCUAGUGGUGUUCAAGCUACGACCUGGCUUGAGCUAUUGACUUAGCGUCCAGCCCAGCUCGCUGGUCAGCCAGAGAUGUCUGCGAGUCUCCGAUGCGACUGAUUGGUGCCAGCAGAUUGAGGGGGGCGGAGAGGGCGUUCUGGCCCUGUUGGGCGCAACCGGGACAGACUAUGUAUCGCCCCAAGGGGCUUUGGCCUAGUCACCGAAACGUUGAUCCAGCAGUGCGGUAACGAGAUAAGGGAGAAACCCGAAAUGGAGAGGGAGAAAAGAGGGCUGGGACAAAGACAUAGAAAGUUGUCGAGAUAUGUUUCGAGGUAAGACACCCCUCCCCUCCCCUUUGCCGAUACCACAAUGCUGUCGCGUGGGUUAUGUCUGGGACUAACAAAGGACUUGAUAUCGCUUAAAGUCAGUUGGCUGCGCCCCGAAAUGCACACUCGUACACAAUCUCAUGAGGCUUCAACAUGCUAGUCGCCAGAAGGCCCCAAGAGGUCUUGGCGAUGCCACCGUGGCAUGGACUUUUAUCAUGUGCGAUCGACCUCGUUCGUCCUGUUUUGGUGAUUGC